AUGCCAUUUGGCUGUUUAACAAUCGGGGAAAAGAAGGAUUAUAACAAUCCUUCAGACGUGACAGAUAAAUAUGACCUGGGUCAGAUCGUUAAAUCGGAGGAGUUCUGUGAGAUAUUCAGGGCCAAGGACAAAACUACAAUGAAAAUGUACACAUGUAAAAAGUUCCUAAAGAAGGAUGGAAGGAAAGUCCGCAAGGCUGCGAAAAAUGAGAUCCUCAUCUUAAAGAUGGUGAAACAUCCCAAUAUUCUCCAACUGGUGGACGUCUUUGAGACCAAAAAAGAGUACUUCCUCUUCCUUGAACUUGCAACAGGCAGAGAGGUGUUUGACUGGAUUCUGGAUCAAGGCUACUACUCAGAGCGAGACACCAGUAAUGUGGUGCGCCAGGUGUUGGAGGCUGUCGCCUACCUCCACUCCCUGCAUAUCGUUCACAGAAACCUGAAGUUGGAGAACUUGGUUUACUACAACCGUCUGAAGCACUCGAAAAUAGUCAUCAGCGACUUCCAUCUUGCCAAGCUUGAGAAUGGACUAAUUAAAGACCCCUGUGGGACGCCUGAGUACCUGGCUCCUGAGGUGGUUGGCAGACAGCGAUAUGGCAGGCCUGUGGACUGCUGGGCUACAGGGGUCAUCAUGUACAUACUGCUGUCAGGCAACCCUCCUUUCUACGAUGAAACUGAUGAUGAUGAUUAUGAAAACCAUGACAAGAACCUGUUCCGAAAGAUCCUGGCAGGCGAUUAUGAGUUUGACUCUCCGUACUGGGAUGACAUCUCUGAUUCAGCUAAAAGUCUGGUUGCUCGUCUGAUGGAGGUGGAUCAAGACCAGAGACUGACAGCCCAGGAGGCUAUAAACCAUGAAUGGAUCUCUGGUGGUGCAGCUUCAGAUAAGAACAUCAAGGAAAAUGUGUGUGCUCAAAUAGAGAAGAACUUUGCCAGAGCUAAAUGGAAGAAAGCUGUUCGGGUCACCACCAUUAUGAAGAGAUUGAGAGCGCCUGAGCAGAGCGAGUCAAGGGCAACCAGCCCUGCAGCUGGCACCCCGGCAGACCCCGCAGCUCCCCAGGCUGCCGCUGACCCCUCUGCGCCUUCAUCUGAUCCAACACCUGAGGGAGCCCCGGCUGCAGCCACAGAGCUGCCUUCCAGCGUGGAGAUAAGCCAACCAGCGCCAGAGGCCUCAGCUGGGGUGUCAGCCUCAGCCGCUGAGCCACAGCAGCAGAGCCCGGCGCCGCAGGAGGCUGAGCCCACAUCGCGUUGUAAUGGUGAAGCCUCGACUGCUCGCCACGCGUCCACUGAGGCCGGGGACGAGCAGGGUUAG